AUGAUAACGACCGGUGCCAUCCCACUCGACCGUUUCGGUGUCCAGGAGACGAAACUAUCUGUAUUUCCAUCCAGUACUUGUGUGACGGAGCCCCGGACUGCCCCGACGGCUAUGACGAAGAUCAUCGUCUCUGUACUGCUGCAAAGCGUCCUCCCGUGGAAGAAACGGCAAACUUUCUACAGACUCUCCUGGCAAAUCACGGACCAAAUUAUCUUGAAAAACUUUUCGGGGAUAAGGCACGAGAUGCUUUAGAGCCGCUCGGGGGAAUACAGAAAGUUGCUGUUGCCCUUUCAGAAAGCGAGACCUUGGAAGACUUUGGAAUAGCUUUACAUCUGAUGAGAACAGACCUUGACCACCUGAGAAAUGUCUUCAGGGCUGUUGCAACAGACGACGUGGGCAUGCUGAAAUCUCUUGGCAUCCGGGACUCUGAACUUGCUGACGUCAAGUUUUUUCUGGACAAGCUUGUUAGCACAGGCUUUAUGGAAUAACGGACAACUGCUUUGUCAACUUUUUAAGAUACCUUAUCCUCCUGUCCUGGCUAGUCAAUAAGAUUUAAUCACUUUAUACAUUUUGUAAGCACUUGAUAUUAUGCUGAACGAGAACAAUUAAUAUGAUGUUAUAUUCAGUUUACUGGCCAAAUUUCAGAUUCAAGCCGGUUUUUUUUUUCUUUGUUUUUUUCAGAUGUAAUGAAGUUAUUGAACUAAAACAAAAAA